CACUGAGUCAGCUGUCAUUGAUUUGGGUAUAUGAGGGCCCGGGUUUUGCGUAAAAUUGUUUCUUUAUCUACCACAUUUUCUAUCAUGAGUAAGCGAACAAACACUAACAGCAAUGAAUCCCCAAUACAGAUGUUUGCACAAGCAACUCAGCUUGCUUUUCAUAACAGUAGUUUCAAUGCAGCAGGAAGAGAUAUCAACUAUUAUACUAUCUUCAAUGAGGACGAGAAGAUGAUACAUAAAUGGCUGGGAGCGCCGGAUAGCUCUAUCAAUAUGUGUACAGCUUUGGACAGAAAAACAUCCGGGACAGGCAACUGGAUAUUUCAUGAUCCACAGUACAUUCACUGGAUGAAACAAGGUGGUAUGCUUUGGAUACAAGGAAAAGCUGGAUCAGGCAAAACAAUCCUACUUUCAACAUUAAUUGAAAGUCUCCAAACAGACCCUCAGAAGUUGGUUUGUUAUCACUAUUUUGACACCCGUGACACCACUGGAGUGAAGUCAAGCUACCAGGGCUUGUUAUCAUCAAUUUUGCAACAGCUAGGUUCAUCCAAUAGCCGCAUUCACCCAGCGUUGAAAGUCUUGCAUCAAUCAAGCAAAACAGGACUUAUCUUUCGCUGGAUUGAUUGUCAGCUCAACAUACUGAAAGAAUGUAAAACAUCCAAGGCAGCUAGAAGAGCAAUGCAAAAUCUUCCUUUGGAUUUGCAGGGCACAUAUGAACAGGCUGUACAAAAGUGUAAAAAUGGACCAAAUUCCACUGAGGCAUAUCACAUUCUACUAUGGCUUUUAUAUGCUUUUGAGCCUUUGGACCAAAAACAGAUCACAGCCAUUCUAUCCAUUGAUUUGGAACAACAGGUUGUUGAAUCAAGUGAUGAGAUUGCCUUCAAGAUAGAGAAUAUUGUUGACUCAACUCUUGUUGCAAUCAACUCCGAUGGUGUGGUUCAGCUUGCACAUGCAUCUGUAAAGGAAUUCCUGCUUCUCAAACAGAUCCUGAAAGCUUCGAGCUUUCAGUACCAUCAUUGGACUGACAAAUAUAAACUUCAAACCUUCCCUUAUACCACCAAGAAAGGAAUGAAUCCCUUUUGGUGGGCAGCCUGCCUUGGCCUUUUACCAGCAGUAAAUGAUAUCACCUUGUUAGACAAAAAUUUUCUCAAUCAACCCACAGGAGAUCUUGGGACACCCUUAUCUGCGGCAGCAUAUUUUGAAAGGGAAAAUAGUGUCCAUUUCUUACUGCAUAUUGGAGCUGAUGUUAAUGCUCAGGGUGGUGAAUUUGGAAAUGCUCUCCAAGCUGCUGCCUGUUGUGGCAAUAUAAACAUUGUCAAAUGUCUCUUUGAAAGUGGAGCUAAUGUCAAUGCUCAAGGUGGUUUGUUUGGAAAUGCUCUUCAAGCUGCUUCAUGGAAUGACCAUAGAGAUGUUGUUCAAUAUCUUCUGAAAAAUGGAGCUGAUGCCAAUGUUCAAGGUGGUCAAUAUGGGAGUGCACUUGUAGCUGCUGCAUAUGAGGGGAAUGAAAUCAUUGUCAAGUGGCUUGUUGCACAUGGUGCUGAUGUCAACAUUCAGGUGGAAUUUUUUUUGGGGAAUGCUCUCCAAACUGCUGCAUAUGAAGGCUAUGAAACCAUUGUCCAAUAUCUUCUUCUGAAUGGGGCUGACAUCAAUGCUGAGGGUGGUGAAUAUGGUAGUGCUCUCAAGGCUGCUGCAUCCAAGGGCCAUGAAAAUAUCUUCAUAUAUCUUUUGGACAAUGGAGCAAAUCUCAAUGCUCAGAGUAGUGAAUAUGGACAUGUUCUCCAAAGUGCAAUUCGUCGAGGCAACGAGAGGAUUGUUAAGAGAUUCCUUGAUGACGGAGCUGAUGUCAAUACCCAGGGUGGAUACCAUGGUAAUGCUCUUCAAACUGCUGUAUUCUGGGGCCAUGAAACUAUGGUGAAACAUUUUCUUGAGAAUGGUGCUGAGGUCAAUGUCUCAGAUGGUCCUUAUGGAAAUAUCCUGAGAUCGGUACAAUAUGCAUAUAACGGCCGAAAUGAAAAAAUGAUCCAAAUACUUGUGGAAUUUGGAGCUAAAAAUACAUAA